AAAAGAAAAAAAAAAGAAAACAUCAUACGGCCAUCCGCUCCGUACAUCCAUUAAGAUUGGCUUUAUCCUUUUUAUAAGUUCCGAACGCGGACUACAUUUAGUUUUAUUUAAUCAUGGCGAAUCCUUACGAUAUGGACAACACCGCAUUCGAUUCAGAAAAAUAUCUUGAAAAACUAUUGAAAGAUUACACAUUAAAACAAAUCAUGGAUACCGAGGCUGCUGUGGUAAAGGAUACUCAAACGCUACACUCGGACAUGCAAACAUUGGUGUAUGAAAACUAUAACAAAUUCAUAUCCGCCACAGAUACCAUACGAAAAAUGAAAAACGAUUUUAAGACAAUGGAGUCCGAUAUGAACUUGCUUAAGGAAAAAAUGAAUACGAUAACUAAUUUUAGCGAACGAAUAACUGGCACUCUGCAAGGUACGCGGUCACAAUUGUGCAAACUAUCGGAAAAGCACUCGCUUUUAAAAAGAUUGCAAUUUUUGUCUUCUCUACCUGCAAAUCUGAAAGCUCAAAUUGAAGAGCAGAAUUAUUAUCAGGCUUGUAAUAUGUAUGUACAAGCUCAAAAAGUUUUUGAGGAGUAUGGUCAACAGCCUUCAUUUGAUGGAAUACACAAAGACUGCGAUGUAAUAAUGAAGAAUUUGAAGGAACAGUUGAAAUUGGAGUUCCAUAUGGUAGGCAAGAAGGCGGAGACCUUGACAAAAAUUGGUGAGCUAUUACUGCUGCAUUUGAAUGAAAAACCUUCAGAACUAGCCGCUGAAAUGUUGACGUGUGCUUCGAAAAGACUCCACGAGCAAAUCGUCAUGCUUCAGGACCAGACGGAAAGGGAUAUGAUUGAAUUUGUGGACAUGGGUAUUGAUGGUUUUCUUAACGACCUUACAUUAGUUGUAACUGCGUAUUAUGAUAUGUUUGUUGCAAAGCACUAUGACGAUGAACGUGACGAUUUUCAAGAGCAUACCUUAAAGGAAUUGAAUAUAUUCCUAAAUCUAAAUAUAGAAAAAUAUUUGGCAUUAGUACAAGACCGUGUUGAUUCAGAUAUUGGCCUCGGCGAUACACACAUUAUGCUAAGGGCUUUGGACAGGUUACAUCGGCGACUGCUUGCCAUGCGAAACAUAUGCUGCGGACUUGUAAUCCACCGGAGCACGGUGGAUAUUAUUAUUGCAGCCGCACACCAACUAAUUCAAUCGCACUCAAAAAAUCUUCGCGAUCACUUUGCUGAUAGUCUAAGUUCCGUUCGUUUAUCCUUGGUUUCCGUCAAAAGCGAUGCGGUCGUAUCCGGAAUACAUUUAAACGAGCUGAUAACAAAUUUGUAUGUUACGCUAAUGGAAAAGGUAAGGGGAGUACUGCAGGAUUUAUUAGUUUUCCUGCAAGCAGAUUGGUCGUUUAAUAUUAAAUGCAACUAUAAAGGAGCACUAUGCAUCGAAGGCAUCCGAGAAAAUUUACUUAUUGGUUUUCUACGUCACAUAGCAAGAGUAAUUAAUUCAUUUGGGGAUUCCUCAACAUCCAGCCCUCCAAAUCUGUUAUUAGUGCUGUCAAAAACUUGCUUGGAAAUGGAGCAAAAUGGUGUUCACGUUUUGGUUAGCUUAGUAGAUGAUUUGUACGAAAUCGAUUCGGAAAACAGGGCUACUUUAACGCACGAAACAGAAAUUUGCGCUGAGAUGCGGGACACCGCACACAAUUUACUUGACACAUAUGUCCGCCUACAGGGUUUAAACAUUUCGCAAAUGUUACGAAAAAGUGUGGAAACGAGAGAUUGGUUGAACUCCCUUGAACCGAGAACGGUUCGAGCUGUAAUGAAAAGGGUGGUCGAAGAGAUGACAUCAAUUGAAACAGUCGUAGCUAGUUUGUAUGAGCACCAACCACAUGAACGCACAACUGCCAGUAGUGAUUCAAGCCGAAAGACAUAUUUUAGUAAUUUAACAAACUCCAAGCAACAAUUUCGUUCAAACUGGUCCAACUAUACGCCGUCGCAGUUGGAAUCUUCAUAUGUUUCAAAUAUACAUCGCUUGUUCUCGGAAAGAGUGGAAAUUUUCACUUCCGUCGACUUUUCAAAAGUAUCAAUAGUCACUGGUAUAAUAAAGAUAGGACUAAAGACUUUGUUGGAAUGUGUACGUACAAGAACUUUUAGUAAAUUUGGUUUACAACAGAUACAAGUUGAUACUCAUUACUUGCAAAUGAACUUAUGGCGUUUCGUUAAAGACGAAAACUUAAUCAACUAUUUACUGGAUGAAAUUCUAGGCUCUGCAGUGCACAGAUGUUUAGAGUCAACGCUAAUGGAACCAAAUGCUGUUGAAAUUAUUUGCGAACGGGGUUAGUAAUUGUGUAUAUAUAAAACUGUAAUUCCAAUUUAUAUUUAAUUAUUUAUAUUACAUGCCAGCUUAAGGAUUAAAAAUAUGUUGUUUGUAUAAAAACGGUUAUUUUGAAUGCUACCUUUACAGCUUUAACUUGCUCAUUUAGGAAUGUCCAUACCCAUAUAAGAAAGUUAAAGCAUGAAACAUAUCAUUCAAAAUAAUGUCCUAAUUUCCAAAUUAUAAAGCAAAAUCAUAAAUAAUGAUACUUAUUUAUCUGUAACUAAAGUCGGGAUUUGUAAUAAAAAGUGGAAGUUUUGAUAUAUAUUUGGUAAA